CAAGAAAACUUAUCCAUGGUGUCCAGCAUCGGUGUCUAAAGGAGCUUUAGCGCGGGCAACAACCCAGGGCGGGGUCUGAUUGUGAUCAAAAGACCCUCUGGCUGACACUCCCUCCGCUGGGGUAAACUAAACAUUGUCAUGUCUCCGAUUUCCCCUCCCACAACACAACUCACGAACCAGCAUGUGCCUAACCCAGCAAGUUGUACAGAAUGUGCUCAACCAACUCCCUAGUAUCUACAGAGGCCCUGGUGGUGCAGUUGCAGUCCUGGAAGACGGAAAACUGCUCAGUCAACAUGUCUGGGGAUACGCUGACAUCGACCAGCGCAUUCCGAUGACCCCGGAAACGCCAAUGCCUAUCUGCUCCAUAACGAAACAAAUGGUCUGCAUGUGCCUCAGGACGCUGGAGCGGCAGCUGCUUCCUAAGCUCGGCAGUGAGGCUCAAGUGCAGUCGGACCUAGAAUCCCACUUUCGCGAAGUCUGGCCCGGUGAUAUUGGUUCCUCCUCGGACAGGCCCACCCUCCGUCAGCUCUGCGACAAUCAAUCCGGCCUGCGAGACUAUUGGGCCCUGACCACCCUGUGGGGAGCUCGACCGGAGGGCCUCUUUCCACUGCCCGAAGCUGGCGAGAAGAUGCUCGAGCGCCUGGGUGCACCACAUUUCCCACCGGGGUGGCAAUACGCGUACGCCAAUACCAACUUCCACAUUCUGGCGCGGGUGAUCGAGCGCUUUGCCAGCAGCUACUCCCGUGAGGAUAAGUCACUGGCAGAAUUGCUCAACGAGCACGUCUUCACCCCGGCGAAGAUGACAUCUGCGCGCUUACAUUCGGACAAUGCCUCUCUGCCCGGGCCAUGCGUGGGCUACGAAGGGGACGAGGCGCGCGGCUUCAUUGCCGCCGUCAACCGCAUCCAGUGGUCCGGUGACGCAGGGGUCGUGGCCUCGCUGACGGACAUGAUCGCUUACGAAAAGUUCCUCCAUCACAGUUGGGCAGACGAGACGAGCAUCUACCGCGACAUGGCAAGGCCGCCCAAAUUCGUGGACGGGGUCCCUGCAGCCUACAGCUACGGCCUCGAGCACGUCGUGGUGGCGGGCGUGCCCACGGUCGGUCAUAGUGGUGCGGUGCGCGGCUUCCGUCUGAAUCGAAGUCAUGUCCCCUCUCGGAAGCUCUCAGUGGUGGUCAUGUUCAACCACGAGGCGGACGCUGAGGACGCCGCGCAGCAUAUCCUGGCAAGGCUUCUGAACGGCGAGGAAGAACCGCAGCCGGCCCCCUGUAGCGUGGAAUUGGCCUCACAAGACUGGGCGGGAUACUACUGGGAUCAAGAGGCCUGUCUGGCCAUUGAGGUGAAAGCCCGUCUCGACACCGGUGGUGUAGUGAUCACCUACGCGGGCGAGCCCGACGUUCUGGUCCCUGUGCGACCAGAUCGAGCGGAGUCUCGUACUACCACAGCAACACUCGAUGGCGACCAUCUUCAUCUUGACUGGCCACAGGCUAAUCGACAUGUCACUGCCCGCCGGCUAGUGAGUUGUCCAACCCGACUGGCCGGCAAGGCCUUGGUUGGGAAGUACGUAUGCGACGCAUUGGAUUCUACAUUCCAUUGCGUCGAAAGCGGCGGGCUGCUGUAUGGGUAUUUUGAUGGCUUCUUGGGACAGGGUCCGGUGCAUUUCAUGCGCUAUCUGGGUGAGUGUCAGCAUGGAACGGUUUGGGCUCUGACUUGUCCGCGGGGAAUGGAUGCCCCUGCACCUGGCGACUGGACUCUUUGUUUCGAGCACACCGAGGAUAAGUCUAUUCCGAAAGUCAUCGUCAGUUGUUGGCUAGCCCGCAAAGCCGUGUUCUCGCGGUGCUCGUAGCGGAGGUGUCUGGUCAAUAAGGCUCAAGCAUGAUCGUCCUGUACAACGGAGACUGUGCCCCUAGAAGAUUGUCCCUACUAUGUAUGAUGAGUACGAUAAACGAUUCCGACCUGCUAGAAACCCUCGAUAUCUCCCCGUCCGAGCCUUGACGGGAGGUUCGAGCACAGCGCCAACUCAUAUAGUGCAUGUAGAAAUUGAAGCCGC